AUUGUUGAUUUUCUAAUCGGCUGAUUAUUGUUCUAAUUAUUAGAGAACUGGUUUCACCAACUUAAUCAAAACUCCUGCUACGGCUGAUUAGCUGAUGCGCGGUGAAAGCUGUAGUAGUCGAUAACGUAACUGAAGUCUGAACUGUGCUUGGUUUACUGGUUUAUGAUUCAAAAUGUUUGUAACGGAAACGCAUAUUUGUCCUUUGUUUUUUUUAUAUUAUAGUGAGAAAAACGUAUCAUCAAAAUAUUGAAACAAAAACAUUCGAGAGCCCUAAUUUUCCCAAUUCUGAUACUAAGAAAAAUUACUCACUGAGUUAAUAGUAAAAAGAAAACAUGCAAUUGAGAACAAAAAAAAAAGAAGAAGAAAAAAGAAAAAGAAACUGAUGCAGUGAAUGAUAAAAGAGAAGAUACGGAAUGGGUAAAAAUUGCUAUAGAAUUUAAUGGCACAAGUUUGAAGCAGCGAUCGGAAUCCUCACUAAGAAAUUUAUGGGACAACAUGAAAAGAAAUGACAGGAAAACGUAAUCAAAUCAUAAAGUUGAAACCUUCAAGACAGGAUGAAGAUGAAACGGAUGGUUCUUUACAUUUUGAAAAUUUACCUGAUGUGAUACUCUUCAAAAUAUUCAGUUAUCUUUACAUUGGGGAUUUGUGUCGAGCUGGAAGAGUAUGUCUGAGAUGGUAUAAUCUAACUAGAUGUCAAGUUUUGUGGAAAUAUGUGGAUGCUCAUGAUAUGCAACUCACUUCGUACCAGCUGCAAAAAAUGGUACCCAUUCUUCCACCUUGUGUAACCUAUUUGAGAAUUUCAAGUCUAUCCACGCAGCAAAGAAUUCCAUUUCUUACUCCACAGACUGCUAUUGAAAUUCGUGAGCGGUGCCCGCAUUUGAGGACACUGAUUAUAGAAAGUGCGUUUGUUGCGAAACACAUCAACUUCACUGACAUAACUGUGGAGGAUUUACCCCAAAAACUGAGUGUGCUCUCUUUACGUAAGUCUUUCUUCCACACAGACCAAUUUUUUUGUAGCGUGAGUCACCCUACUGUACCAAAAAUAAAAGUUCUUGACUGCACUUCAUGUUGGUGCGUUUGUGAUAACGAUAUACCGUUUUUUUCGAGACUCGGUGACCUGCAGGAGAUUUAUUUAGCAGGCUGCCCUAUUUCAGAUGUUGGGGUAGUCAUUCUAUUGAAAGCUGUCGAACACCUCAAGGUGCUCGACCUCGAGGCCACAAAAAUUGGAGGUCAAACAAUUUUGUCCCUCAGUCAAAACUCAAACUCACUAGAAAAACUUUAUCUGGGCUAUACAGAUGUGGCAGAUGAGCACUUUCGAUGUCUUCAGAACACUUCCUUGCCAAUGUUGCAGAUUGUCUGCCUCCGUAAGACUUCCAUAACUUGUGUUGGGUUACGCUAUCUCUUAAAUUAUUUGCGAUCGUUGAAAUACAUGAAUGUCUCCAACUGUAGUAUCUCCUCUGAGUGUGCUUUAGAGUUAAGUCUUCAAGGGGCUCCUACAAAGCAGCUUAAUUUUGAAAGCAAUAAGAUAGUUAAUUUAGAGUAUUGUGAUCACUUCUUCCAUCGGAACAAUUUUCGAGAUUAUUGAGUUGGCUUGGUAUAGAUAUUCUCUCUUUUAGAUAAUGGAAUUCUCUACCAAUUUAUUAUACAUAUUGUUAUUAUAAAAUUUAUUGUGAUAUUGACAAAAAGUCACCCUAUAGUGUGGCUUUCAGCAGAACUCCUCCAAACAUCAGUCUCGCGAACUAUGAUUAAGAGGAAAGAUAAUUUGAAUAGGGGUGUGGGGUGAAUAGUUUUGUCUUAAUCUAGGCAUAAGCUGGCGUGAGUUAACCAAUCGACACCUUCAUUCUUCUAUUGCACCCCCAUUAGAAAUGUGCUCUCACUUGUUAUCAUAGCAGUAGACAGUCCCAGACUUUUAGUCUGGAGGAGUUCUCCUCAAAGCCGCACUAUACCUUAAUAUUUUUCAAAUUUUUUUUUUUAAUGUAAAUAUAUAAAAUUUGCUCUAGUUUGCAAAUGUGAUAAGUUGGUUUUAAAUUAAAACCGCUAUAUGCCUACUGAAUGUUUUAUUCCCCUUCUUUUUUCUAGUUGAUAGUAGAAUGCUUACUUUAGCCAUGAACAAUAAUUGGUGCAAUUUUAAAACUAUUUGUCACCAA